AUGUUUGGCCAGAUUUCAGAAGAAUAUUUCGGUGGUUCCGUAGCCAGCAGCAACUUCACAGGAGUUAAUGCACCACACAGAGCCAAAGUCUGUUUGAAACAACCACGUCUGGAGGACGAAAAAAGCCCGAUAAAAAAGCCUUUGAAAGCUCGUAGACAAUAUGAGAAUUCGGAAAUUAUGGGAACUCGAACGGAUCUCACAAAAGGGUCAUUCGCUUCGACUAUCUCUUCUGCUUGCUCACCGGUGCAUAUUUUACAAUGUAUAGAUCUCGUAAAAUUCGACAAAACUUUGAAUUCCACCUCAGGAAACAGUGACACUACCUCUGGAAAAGCAAAGUCGAUUUCUAGCCCGAGAACCUCUCCGAAGGUGUCUGUUAAUGGAACGAGGCCUGCAGAACUUCCCAUAUUUACAUCACUUUUUGACACACCUGAGAAAGGUCAGCCGGCCGCUUGGAGUAGUAUAAGCCCACAAAAAACUAUUGUAUUCACGCAAACUUCUGGAGAAUCACCACUUCACUCCCCAAGAAAGCCGUUUCUGCAAAAAGAAAUUUCAGUGAAGAAUGCUGAAUAUUUACUACUAUCCACGCCAGAGAAAUGUGAACGGAAAGAGAUGCUGAAACCAUUUACACCGGAAAAAAUUCCAUCGAAGAAGCGUAGAGUAUCUAAAAAGGACACAGCUGUGGCAUUUUAUCCUGAGAAGGAACACGUGGUGAAAAGAGAGUUCAAGCGCUUAGUUGAUUACUGUUGUAAAAAUUGUAUUGCGUUAGGGGAGUGCUGA